CAUCCCUCAGCGCCUGCGCUCACUGCAUCCCCGAAGCCAUCGUUACCGGUACCCAUGGCAUCCUACCGCAUCCGGCACUACCAGGACCAGGACUUUGAGGCCGUCCGGAGCCUGUUCACCCGCGGGAUGCUGGAGCACAGCCCAGCCGGUUACCGGCACGUCCUGCGCUCGCCCCGCGUGCAGCUCCAGCUGCUGGCGCUGUUCAUCCUGGUGCGAGCGGCCGGUGGCUCCUGGCUGCUGGCGCUGGGCUCGCUGGCCCUGGCGCUCGUGGCCAUCUGGCUGCUGGUCCAGUCCUAUGCCACAGCUUACGUGCGCCACGCGCUCGGCACCGACAUGGCCGACGUGCGCGGCACCUACCUGCGCUCACCGCACACGUGCUUCUGGGUGGCCGAGGCCGACGGUGCCGUGGUCGGGAUGGUGGCGGUGGAGCCGCCGGAGGAUGCGGCCGAGCGGGCCGAGGCGCUGGAGCUGAAGCGGCUGUCGGUGAGCAGGGAGCACCGCGGCUCCGGCAUCGGUGCCGCGCUCUGCCAGGAGGUGCUGAGCUUCACCCGCGCCCGCGGCGUCGGAGCCGUCGUCCUGUCCACGUCCAUGGUGCAGGUGCCGGCGCAGAGGCUCUAUGAGCGCCAUGGCUUCCGCAGGGUGGGCAGCACCAGCCCCUCGCUGCUGGCCGCGCUGCUCUGCUUCCGGGUGUUCCGGUACCGCUGUGACCUGCACGGGGCUGCCAAGGCUCCGCCGCGCUAGGGGAUGGCACCGGCACCGCGGCACUGUGGGGGGGAUGCCAAAGCACAGCCAGUGCUGGGCCUGGUGU